UGCAGUUUCGGAUCUCGAGCCAUCGACUUGUAUAUCCGCCCCGUUUUUUCUUAUUCUAUUAGACAAAUAAAUCGAAUUCCCCCCCCCCCGUCAUCAGUUUCUCAAUAGUACACACACAUCUCUCUCUCUCUUUUUCUCUUUCUCUCUGCAAUUUCGGUAGUAGUUUUCUAUCGUUCUUAAUUCAAACAUCACAUUUUGUUGAAUUCUAUUCGUUAUUAGACACAACAUUCCAGAUAUCUCUGCUGCUGGCUGAAGGAAUUUGCCAAUCGAUUGUUUAUAGAUCCAGCAUAUAUAUCUAGUGUGUGCUGUGUGCUGUCAUAGUUUUCUCAAACCAAAUUUUUAAGAGUCAAUUUUAAGACAAUUUUUCCUACAUGUCGAUUCACUGCCAAUAUUCCAGUUUCUUAUUGUUGGGGGACGAUUAAUAAGUUUCAAUGUUGGAUGGGGCAAAAAGAUUUGAUUUGUAUUAUAUAGCACAUGUGCUAUAUAGAUACUAUUGCUGCUGCUGCUGCUGUGUAUAAUGUGCUGUGUGUAGUGCUGAUGGUCGGUUGAGAGCUCAGAUUCUCUCCUACUUUACUUAGAAUAUUCGUCACACGUCAUUUUAUAUAUCCGCGCGUUUCCUGGUCUUUUUGUUUUUCUCGAUUGUAACUUUCUCUUUUCUCUCUCGUUUUUUUCUGUCCUCUUUUUUUGAUUGAUUUAGUUUUUUCCAUAUUCCUUUCUUCUUCUUUUCCUUCCUAUAUCUUCUUCCUCCUCCCGCCCCUCAUCCUUCCUUCAGUGCGUGCGACCAAUCCAAACAUUAUUGGCUCCUGUGGAAUUCCUUUUGAUUCGAAUCAACCCAACUAAAAAAGGAGUCUUUGAUUGGAUAUAUAAAUACAAGGAGGAUCGACGUCGUUGGUUGUGUGCUGUGCUGCUGCCUGAAUCUCCCACUGCUCAGUUGAUUCAAUAUAAAUACCAAUCAUCAUGGCGGCUUUCGUUGCGAAACAAAUGCUGGGCAGCAAAAUGAACGCCGUUAAAGGUCUGGGAGGCAACGACAGCGAGGACGGCGACACCAAAGACAAGGACGACGAGGCCGAGCGUGAGCGAUUGGAGGCCAUCAAGGAAGCCGAGGAUCGCCGCAAGGAGAAGCACCGCAAAAUGGAAGUGGAACGUGAGAACAUGAGACAGGAUAUCCGCGACAAGUACAAUAUCAAGAAAAAGGAAGAAGCUCCUGAAGCCGAGACUCAAAAGGAGCCGGACAAUCCGCUGAUGCGCAAGAAGAAGACGCCCGAGGAAUUGGCCAAAGAAGCCGAAGAAGCCGACCAGGACGAAUUGACAAAAUUGAAAAACACGUUGGAGACCCAGGUGAACGAGUGGAAGUCGCAGAUCGAGAGCAAGUGCGUCAUUCAGUGAGGAAUAAAAAGCCCCACCGACUCUACACACACCACAUGUAACUUCCUCCUCUUAUGAUAUAAAACAUUCAAAUGAUGGGAAAUUGAUGCCCCCCAAUCAGCCCCAAAGAAAUAACAAAAAAUAAUUUCCAUCCCACCCAAAAAAACAAACAAAAUAUCGAACUUCAUCUAUAGCAGAGACGAGGGAUAACUCUUAUAUCCAAAAAUAUUUUAAUCGACACACACAAGAUACUACAGCAGAUUAUAUUCCAAAGGUGUGUCAUUUUUUUACAAUUGAAUUUGGGUGGGUAGGCGAUUCCUCCAGCGAAGCAACGACGAGCUAAACUAUGCAAAAACAUUAAAAAUAAAAAGGGCAAACAAAAAUAAAACCAAAACAAUUUUGGGGCGUCAAACAAAAAAUUAAAAAAAUUUUUUUUUUUAAUUCAAUAUACCAACCAAAAAAAUUUCUUUUUAUACACACGUGAAAAAAAAAAUUCCCAAAAAUUUCCCAUUCCCCCAAAAAGUAUUCCAUCUCGAGUGAGAAAAAAAACAAUUAAAACCCACAAAAAAAAUAAUUUUUUUUAAUUAAAAGAAAAAUGAAUUAGUUAAGUUUUGAAUUCCGUUCCAUGUAAUUUUUUAUAUUAUAUAUAUCCUCGUUGUUGUUGUUGGUUGUUGUUGGUUGUAUAUGUGCUCUGCUGCUGCUGCUCUGGAUGCCCGCUGUGAGAGUAAACAUAUAUGAUAAUAAUAUUUCAAAAAAAGAAAUAAGAUGAAAAAAAAAACAAAAAAAAUAUUCCACACACUGUUGUUUUGUUCGCGAUAUAUUACACUCUCGUUUGUAGAUUCUUCUCUGUUGGCCCCCGCCCCCCUCCCCCCAUCAUAUUAUUAUUAUUAUUAUCAAAAAAGGAGAAAGAAAGAAGAGAGAGAGAGUUUAUUAUAUAGGCCCAAGUAUUAUAUUAUUAUGUAUACAGCAAUUAUCAUUUAAUAGGCUCUCUAUCAUUUGAUAUAUAUUAUAACCCCAUCUCAACAACAAACAAACAACCCCCCUCUCCCUCACAAACAAACCAAUUCGAAAAUAUAUAACAACAAAAAAACUAGUCAUGUGUGUGCUGUGUAAUUGUGUGUGUCUGUGUGUGUUUUACACCGCGCCUGCUGUUAUUAUAUAUAUUUAAAACAAACAAAAAAAAACAAAAAAAUUAAUCAUUCCAUUGUAGAGAUCGUUUUCUUUUGAAUUCAUGUAUAUAUUUCGCGCGCUAUUUAUAUGAUGAUGUAACGUGCGCAUUUGUCGCGCACGUGUUCCAUCAAUAUUUGCCCGAGUUUUAUAUAUAUAUUUCGAAAAGAAGAUGAGAAGAAAAGAUGGGAUGACAAAAUUUUUUCUGAAAAAUCCAACGAUCCGACGUAGCCUUUAUUGUAUAGUGUCAUCGCAUUUAUCGUCAUUAUUAUUAUUAUUAUCUUUCCAUUCUCCUCUCUCUCUCUCUCUUAUCUUUAUAAUCUUGACAUUAUUAUUAUUCUUUUCAUUGUUGUCCCCAUUCUCUCUCUCUAACUCUCUCUCUCUGUCUUGGGUUUCAAUAUAAUUUCAACAAAUCAAA